CAGUUCAGAAAGCGGCCAAUGGCUCGUAUCCGAUGGCUGCGAUGUAGGAUUCCCCUGCAGUGGGAAGAGCAGGCGGGAUAAAGCUCUGAUAGCAAUCUGGUGUUGACGGCAAGUUCCUGGCACCUGGAUAUGAGCAGUAUAAGUACGGUCUUUUCCGGUGCGCAGGCCUGUACUGGAUGAAGCCCUGGAAGUGAAUCGGACAAGGUCUUACAGCUUCCUUGUGUCAGUCAUUCCCACUCUGGCUGACGGCACCUGGAUUGAGGAGGUCGGUCAGCACUGCUGACUCUGAAUCUCAACCGUUCCUGACCCAAUCUUAGUCGCAGCAAUUCUCAAGAUGGAUGAUGAUCGAGCGAUCGCAAAGGAGCCCGCAAUCCAGGAAGCUAUUGAGGAGAAAGCACAACAUCCCCAUGAGUCAAUUUACAAUAUUCGCCCAUGGAACAACCACCUGGGUCGAAGUAUUAGUGGUGCGAGCACGAUUGGCGAAGAUGAUGACCCAGGCUUAGGCAGACCUACAGACUUCAAGCAAAAACAGGUUUUCACAGGCAAAAUGCUGUUUUGGCUGGCGUACCAGUCAAUCGGUGUCAUCUAUGGGGAUAUCGGGACCAGUCCUCUUUACGUCUAUUCGUCUACAUUCAGCGAAGCGCCAUCCCGUCAGGACCUCAUUGGUGUACUUUCCAUAAUUAUCUGGAGCAUAUCCUUGAUGGUGACUGUCAAGUACAUCUUCAUUAUUCUGUGGGCGGAUAAUGAUGGAGAGGGUGGUACAUUCAGCACAUAUUCACUUCUCAGUCGCUACAUGAAUAUCACCCACCGCGAUCCGCGAGAGGCUUCCCUCGUGCAGAUGAAGAGACAUCUGUCGACGGAUCUUGAGCGUGCCAGUAGAUACGCUCGACAUAGCCUGGAGACAAGCAAGUUCGCAAAGCGCUUGCUAAAAGUGGUGGGCGUAUUGGCUGUGACAAUGGUUCUUGCGGACGGCCUGCUCACUCCCGCUCAAUCCGUGUUAGGCGCUGUCCAGGGAAUUGAAGUCGUGUCCCCCAACAUAUCCAAAGGCACCGUGAUCGGAGUCACUGAUGCUAUCCUCGUCAUUCUGUUUCUCAUCCAGCCCCUCGGAAUCACGCGUUUCUCCGUCGCCUUCGCCCCGAUUGUUAUCAUUUGGCUUGGCUUCAAUGCUGCGUUCGGCAUCUAUAAUCUUGUCUACUAUGACGCCGGGGUUUUUGUUGCUUUCAAUCCAGGGUAUGCUUUUGAGUUCUUGAUCCGCCAUGGAGAAUCGGGAUGGAGAAUGCUCAGCGGUACUCUGCUUGCUUUCACCGGAGUCGAGGCCCUUUUCGCCGACCUUGGUGCUUUCAGUCGUCGGGCCAUCCAGAUAAGUUGGCUAUGCUACACCUUCCCAUGCCUGCUUCUGGCGUAUAUAGGGCAGGCAGCAUACAUCAGCGUACAUCCGGAGGCGUACUCAAAUCCCUUCUACAACGCAGCGCCUCCGGGCACCAUUUAUCCUGCGCUUGUGAUUGCCAUUCUAGCAGCUAUCGUUGCUUCGCAAGCAAUCAUCACUGCUACAUUCCAGCUCCUAGCACAAGUCAUAAAGCUCUCAUACCUCCCGCAGAUCAAGGUGAUCCAUACUUCCGAUAUCUUUCAUGGCCAGCUGUUUGUUCCCAUUGCGAAUUGGCUGUUGAUGGUUGGGACCAUCCUCGUGGCAUCUAUCUACAACAAUACCACAUCUCUUGGAAAUGCAUACGGGGUCUGCGUCAUCUUUGUAACCUUCUUUGACACGUGCAUGGUCGCUAUGGUAGCGAUAUUCGUGUGGCGCAAGAGUCCAUAUCUUGUCUUCCUACCCUGGCUUACAAUUGCUUGCUUUGACGCGGCAUACCUUUCUUCAGCAUUGACCAAAGUCCCAACUGGCGCAUGGUUUACACUGGCAGUGGCCACCAUCCUCGCCCUCAUCUUCCUUCUCUGGAGGUUUGGAAAGGAACAGCAAUGGUUUGCCGAAGCCGAAGACCGCUUUCCAACCUCCCAUUUCGUGACCAGGGACCAGAACGGCGAUAUACGUCUUACCGAUCGAUUUGAGAGCGCCCCGUUGAGUACCACCCGGGGUGUGGGUAUAUUCUUCGACAAGGCUGGCGAGACAACACCCAUCGUCUUUAGUCAGUUCAUCCUUAGGCUCACGACUAUUUUUGAGGUGAUGAUUUUCUUCCAUCUCCGGCCUCUUGAGACCCCAUCCAUUCCCGUUGAAGACCGUUAUACGGUUUCCAAGCUCGCGAUCCCGGAUUGCUACCGCCUGGUUGUCCGCUAUGGUUACAAUGACGAGAUUAUCUCACCCAAUCUCGCAAGUACCAUUACCGACCAGGUCCGCAGAUACCUGGUCGAAAACGAACACCACAUUGGUCAAACUGAAACGAGCACGAGCCUCAGUCAAUCCAGCCGGGACGUAAGUCAAGAUACGAUGGGUGUUGAAGAGUCGCGCACGGCAUCCAGCAGGGUGAAAUCUGCCGAUCCCUUGGCGCGGCUCGAGAAAGCUUGUGCCCAUAACGUACUCUACAUUACUGGCAAGGAGCAGAUGCGGGCCAAGAAGGGAACGAACAUCUUCCGACGCCUGGUCCUGUGGAUUUUCCUGUGGAUUCGAGACAACACCAGGACGAAGAUCGCGUCUUUGGGAUUGGGAGCUGAGAAAGUCAUUGAGGUGGGGUUUCUAAAGGAUAUAUGACCGCAAUACUCUGUAGCAACGCAAUGAACAUCCUAUGACAAGCGAUAUCUUGCGCAGACUGUCCCGUGAUUAUGUUUAACUUUUACCCCUCCCGUUAUUCCUCAA